AAGAUGUACGUGGGAUUUCACCAAAUCUUUUGAACUCAUUAUUACGUCUUGCUAAAAGUGAUAUUAAAGAUGCACCCUAAAUACAUAUACACUUAGAAAAUCUUGUCUAUAUAUGAGCUUUAGGUGCAUCUCUGUAAGCAUCAUUUCAUAUCUCUUCAUCCCUCCCUAGUCUUUUCAGAGCUUUCCAUAAUGGCUGAGCUCAAUAAGAAACCUCUUAACAUUGUUAUGUUUCCAUGGUUAGCUUUUGGUCAUAUCAUUCCUUUCCUUGAGCUCUCAAAAUGUUUAGCUCAAAGAGGUCACAAAAUUUCAUUCAUUUCUACUCCUAGAAAUCUUCAAAGACUUCCUAAAAUUCCUUCACAUUUAUCUCAUCAAUACACUCUAGUUACACUCCCUUUGCCUGAAAAUGAAAACCUGCCUGAACAUGCAGAAGCCACAACAGAUUGUCCUCAUGAUAAAAUCCAGUAUCUCAAGGUUGCAUUUGAUGGCCUUAGUUUACCAUUUGCUCAGUACUUGGAAACUUGUGACACUUCACCUGAUUGGAUCAUUCAUGAUUUUGCUCAUCACUGGUUACCUCCAAUUGCUGCAAAGUUCGGCAUUCCGUGUGCUUAUUUGAGUGUCUUCAAUGCAUCGUCUAUGACAUUCUAUGGUCCGCCAGCAGUUUUGAUGGGUGAAGAUGGAGGUUCCAGAUCACUUCCUGAACAUUUUACUGUUCCUCCUCCAUGGGUUCCAUUUCCUUCUGACAUAGUUUUCCGUCCAUUUGAAGCCAAUAAGGCUUUUGAUAUCGUGGAAAAUGCUUCUGGUGUGUCCGACUCGUUACGGUUCGGGAGUGUUCUCAAGAACACGGAUGCUGUGUUCGUUCGGAGCUGUACUGAGUUUGAAGGAGAGUGGUUUGAGCUACUUAAAAAUGUCGUGUACAAGAAGCCCGUUAUCCAAAUGGGGAGUAUGUUGCCUCCCUUGCCUUCAGAGGAAGAAGAAAAGAAUGAAGCUUGGGUGGAAAUAAAACAAUGGCUAGAAAAACAAAAGGAAGGAUCUGUUGUUUAUGUUGCACUCGGUAGUGAAGCAUCACUAACUCAACAAGGAAUGCACGAGUUGGCAACCGGAUUAGAAUCGUCCAAUUUGCCUUUCUUUUGGGUGAUAAGAAAACCACUGGGUUCAACUCAGGAGGAUUAUUUUAACACGAUGUUGCCAUCUGGGUUCGAGGACCGGGUCAAAGAUCGUGGAAUUCUGUGGAAAGGUUGGGUGCCUCAGCUUAGGAUUUUAAGUCACCUCUCAGUUGGUGGUUUCUUGACACAUUGUGGUUGGGGUUCAACUACUGAGGGUCUUGGUCUGGGAAAACUUCUGCUUCUUUUACCUAUGCUGUAUGAUCAGGGAUUGGUUGCUAGGUUGGUACAUAGUAGGAAAAUUGGUCUGGAGAUACCUAGGGAUGAACGAGAUGGAUCGUUCACGAGGGAAUCGGUGGCCGAGUCAUUGAGGAUUUUAAUGGUGGGUGAAGAGAGUGAGAAGUUUAAGAUCAAAGCUAGGGAAAUGAAAGAGGUGUUCACCGAUAUGGAACGGCAAAAUGGAUACAUAGAUGAUCUUGAGCGCUUCAUGAUAGAUUAUGGAAAUGGCAAGAUUAAUGCCAGUUCAGCUGUCGUUGAUACCACUGAACCAGAAACUGCAUUUACUGAUGAUGUUGAGUGCCAUCUAAAAGAAGAUAUGGAUGCCAAGAUCGAUGGCACUGAUACCAAUAUCACCACAUCUAAAUUUGAAAAAAUAGAUGUCAGUGUCGAUGCCAUUUCUAACAUCACCAAGUCUCCAACAGUUAACAAUGGCAUGCUGAAGAAAUUGGAAACUGCUUAA